GACAUCUCUCCCCUCUCUUCCUCUGCGCUUAACUUUUAGCCCCUUUCCAUUCCCCGCUUUUUCUAUGAUUAGGACGGCCAAGCGCAGGGGUUGCUAUAGCAACACCGGAAGUUUGCGCCUCUGAGAGAGGAAGUGGGCUGCUCUGGGAGCAUGUUAACCAACAGAUAAAGAAGCGUGCGGGGAAAUCUUACUUCCAAGCUGCACCGCCAUGGCAUCUGCCAUUGACAAGUCCUUGUUGUCAGCUGAGUUGCAGGAUGAAGAAGAAGAGGAGGAGUUUCAACGCCUUCUUCUCCAGGCAACCCAGAAGAUCCAGAGUGCAGGGCCCCCUCCAGUGGAGUCCAAGCCUAUCCGUCCACUUCCUGGAUUCUGCCUUAAAACCCACACUGAUGCAGGCGAGAAAGUCUUCGUCAACAUCUGCAGGUCUCCCCACAUCCCUCCACCUCCCAACCUAACCAAUGAAGAGCUAGAGUGCCUCAUUGAAUCAGAGAAUGCCUCCAACUUCCGGAUCCCUAUGACUCUGGGCGAUCCCCAUGCAGAGGUGGACAAGAGUGGUCACGGCUGCACUGCAUAUGACGUCACCAUCAACACGGACUUCUUCACCAAGAUGGAGGGUAACUGCUUCCUCAAAGAGUUCUUCAUCACAAUUGUUUUGGAAGGAUUAUCAGAGAAAUACAAAAUGAGUAUCAGCCAUGCAGAACGGCGCAUUCUGAAGAACAGGAAGUUUAUGGGCUCCAUAUCAGAACAAAACAUCCGCACAAAAUCCAAACCCUUCAUACAGGAGAUGGAUGUCAGCCAAACCCAGGAGACAACAACCAGUAAACAUUUGCAGCCCCUUUAUUCACAAAGUUCUGCCACAGUUCCUGACUUUGCCAUUGUUGCCCAGCCAUCACGCAGUCACCCUGAGCGUCUGGUCAUGAAAAUCAGUCUCCCUAAAAUGAAUUCUGUGAAGUCCCUGGAACUAGACCUGGGAGAAGAUCGAAUUGUGUUACGGGGACAUCCUGGCCUGUACUGCUUGGACAUCUUUGUGCCAUACAGCAUCAUCCCUGAGGAAAGCAGGGCCCAGUUCCACAAAAAGACCAAGAUCCUAACGGUGAUGAUGCCCAUCCAACAACCCUCGCUGUUGCUGUCAGCAACAAGUAGCAUCUCCGGAAGAGCAGCUGUCCCAUAGGCUGAGGCACUGGUCUGAGCGCACCACCAAAAAAUACUGACCCCAGGGAGAAUGCAGCGGAGUGUGGAAUAGAGAGUGAAGUUUCUGCAGAAGGCAUAGUGCUGACCGGAGAGCGGGGGGAGGCAUGGAAUACCUGGCUCAAGGGCAGCAGUCUUUUAACAGCAAUGUGGCCCUGUACCCAGAUACAUACAGUAAAGCAUGCUGGACGGGA